AUGUCGGGCAUCAAUUCGGAGCUGGAAGACGCUUUGCGCAAGCUGGAUGAAGAGCUGGAAGAAGGAGAUAUUACAAGGAAAGGAUAUGAAAAGCGGCGCACCCUUAUCCUGUCCCAGUUCAUCCCCCCCCAGCAAGUGGUGCAGCCUCAAUCCCAAUCGCAACCACCCACGCGAGGACUUCGCAUACAUUCCCCUGACGACAGUGAUCACCCUGCGUCCAAUGACGCUUCCAGAGCGGCGUCCCUCGCUGCGCUCACGGGUCGAUCCACAAGUGGGUUGUCGAGAAAUGGUACAGUGACUGAGGGUUAUUCCAGCCUGGGUCGACCGGCUUCCAUGAUCAGGGAUGAGUAUGCAAAUGAUCCUAAGAGGAGUACCACUCCGCAGAGCCACGCCCAAAGAUUUCAAGAACGGGAAGCAGGCGGACUAUCGCAGGGAUCGCUCGCGGGAUCCUCACACGACAACCGUCACGAAACAUUUAUAACCGCCAAUGAACAACCCCGCUCCCAGACACUCAUGAGCCAGAGCUACGCCUUCAAUCCUGGCACACAGCAGAAUUAUGCUGGCCCGGACGCGCGCAAUUCCACCAUGCUCGAUUCUCAACAAGGUUACUUCUCUGACUUUGCUGGACAACAACGGGAAGACCAGCAAGAGAAUUAUGGAGGUAAUCUACACCGAUAUUCCCAGAGUGAGGUGACUUCUCCAACAGCGCAAAUGGCACCACCGCUCUUGGGCGCGGGAGAACUCACAGGAGGAGCUGCGAUCCACCAAAUGCCCUUGGAACCUCGGGAAGUGCCCUUCGCCAUCUGUGACCCUCACGAUUCGCACAUUGAGAUGUCAGGGUUCGAGAACAUUGCUGCAGUGCUUCGACAUCGAGCCAAGACGAAUCCAAAGCAAGCAGCCUACUGGGUUUUGGAUCAAAAAGGCAAAGAGCUGGUCUCGGUCACAUGGGAGAAGCUAUGCAGUCGGGCCGAAAAAGUUGCUCAAGUUAUCCGUGAUAAAAGCAGCUUGUAUAAAGGCGAUCGCGUGGCGUUGAUUUACACUGAGAAUGAAAUCAUUGAAUUUGCGGUGGCACUUCUGGGCUGUUUCAUUGCAGGCGUGGUUGCGGUGCCCAUCAAUGACUUGAAGAACUAUGCGAGAUUGAAUGUCGUCUUGACAUCCACCCAAGCACACCUAGCCUUGACGACGGAGGCGAACUUAAAGAACUUCCAACGUGAUAUCACGGCGGCCAAACUCAAUUGGCCUCGGGGCGUGGAAUGGUGGAAAACCAACGAGUUUGGUUCUUACCACCCAAAGAAAAAGGGCGAGGAGAGUCCUCUUGUGGUGCCCGAUCUUGCAUAUAUUGAAUUCUCCACAGCUCCUACCGGAGAUCUUCGUGGAGUCGUCAUGAGCCAUAAGACAAUCAUGCACCAGAUGGCCACUCUCAGUGCAAUGAUUACUUCGGCAACGAGCAAUACCCGGGCAGACACAUUCAAUCCUUCCUUGCGCGACAAACAAGGCCAUUUGAUUACAGGCUCCAGACACGGUGAGAUUAUGCUUAGCUAUCUGGACCCGAGGCAAAGUAUAGGGAUGAUCCUGGGAGUCUUGUUGAACGUCUAUGGUGGCCAUACGGUGAUUUACAUCGACCAACGGACGAUUGAGACCGCAGGCCUCUACGCCAAUUUGAUUACCAAAUACAAGACAACCUUGCUGGUGGCAGAUUACCCCGGCUUAAAAAGAGCGGUUUACAACUACCAAGCAGAUCCGAUGGCGACGAGGAAUUUCCGACGCAAUUUUGAGCCUAACUUUAGCAGCGUCAAAUUGUGCAUGAUCGACACCUUGACCGUUGAUGCUGAGUUCCACGAACUCCUGGCAGACCGAUGGCUGAAACCCCUGCGCAACCCUAGAGCGCGGGAGAUUGUGGCGCCAAUGUUAUGUCUGCCCGAGCAUGGUGGAAUGGUCAUCAGCAUGCGAGACUGGCUUGGAGGCGAAGAACGAAUGGGCUGCUCGCUCACCCACGAGAUGGAUCAUGACCGCAAUGUGGAAGAGAGAAAGGAAGACGAAAAUGCUACCAGCAAAUCGGGCUUUGGCAGUAGCCUUAUCGGAGGUGGCACCACGAAACCUUCCAAAGUCCGUUCAACGGAGGACCUUGGUGAAGUGCUUUUGGACAAAGAAGCCUUGAAGACCAACGACAUCGUCGUGCUAGCGACGGGGUCCGAGGCGCGUGCGAAGGCUAGCUCAUUUCCCAAUGCCGUAAGAUGUGGAGCUUUUGGCUAUCCAAUUCCUGACGCUACUCUCGCCGUGGUUGAUCCCGAAUCGGGUCUGUUGUGUACCCCGAACUCAAUCGGCGAGAUCUGGGUCGACUCUCCCUCUCUUUCGGGAGGGUUUUGGGCGCUUCCUAAGCAUACCGAAACCAUCUUCCAUGCUCGGCCUUUCUGCUUCAAGGAAGGCAAUCCGACGCCAACGGCCAUCGAUCCUGAAUUUCUCCGCACUGGCUUGCUCGGUUGUGUGAUCGAGGGGAAAAUAUAUGUCUUAGGCCUCUACGAAGAUCGGCUGAGACAAAGGGUGGAAUGGGUCGAACAUGGUUUAGCGGUGCAGGAACAUCGCUAUUUCUUCGUUCAGCACCUUAUUCUCAGUAUCAUGAGGAACAUUCCCAAGAUUCACGACUGCUCUGCUUUCGAUUGUUUUGUCAAUGACGAGCAUCUACCAAUCGUCCUAUUAGAAUCUGCAUCUGCAUCGACUGCUCCUAUAUCCUCGGGUGGGCCUCCACGACAGCUCGAUAUUGCCUUGCUUGACUCUCUGGCAGAGAGAACGAUGGAGAUUUUGUAUCAAGAACAUCAUCUGAGGGUCUACUGCGUCUUGAUCACAGCGCCGGGCAUUCUGCCACGGGUGACCAAAAAUGGUCGACGAGAAAUCGGAAACAUGCUUUGCCGAAAGGAAUUCGAUAAUGGGUCAUUGCCCUGCGUCCAUGUCAAAUUUGGGGUUGAGAGAGCCGUCCAAAACUUACCAUUUGGAGAGGAUAUCAGCGGAGGCAUCUGGUCUGUGAACGCGAGUGCCGCCCGGACGGAACUUCUCUAUGAACAAGAAACGCAGUGGUCGGGAGUUGAUCCCCGAGAAGUGGUGAUCGAUGACCGCACUUCAACCGCAUUGAGCAAUUUUACCAACAUAUUUGAUCUCAUGCAGUGGCGAGUGGCGCGACAAGCCGAUGAGCUCGCCUAUUGCACAAUCGAUGGCAGAGGCAAAGAAGGCAAGGGCCUGACAUGGAAGAAGUUUGACACACGAGUGGCCGCAGUGGCAUUAUACCUGCGGAACAAGGUCAAGGUGAAACCGAGUGACCACCUUAUCUUGAUGUACACUCAUUCUGAGGAUUACGUAUUCGCCAUUUACGCAUGUAUGGUUCUGGGGGCGAUUGCUAUUCCGGUUGCCCCUCUGGACGCCAACAGACUGUCGGAAGAUGCUCCGGCGUAUCUUCACAUUGUCGCCGAUAUGGGCGUAAAAGCGGUCCUUUGCAACACCGAAGUUGAUCACCUGUUCAAACAGAAAAUCGUCUCACAGCAUCUCAAGCAGUCUGCACAGUACCUGAAAACCCAUAUCCCCAGUGUUUACAACACGACAAAACCAUCGAGGCAAUCGCAUGGCUGCAGAGAUCUCGGCCUCACAAUGAACCGCUCGUGGAUCUCUCCUUCCAACCCAGUCAUUAUCUGGACUUACUGGACGCCUGACCAGCGCCGAGUUUCAGUCCAAUUGGGCCAUGAUACCGUUCUGGGGAUGUGCAAGGUCCAGAAAGAAACUUGCCAAAUGACGAGUUCGAAGCCCGUUCUCGCCUGCGUGAGAAGUACUGUUGGUAUCGGAUUUCUGCACACGGCUGUGAUGGGCGUGUACAACGGCAGUACCACCUAUUUGAUCUCACCGUUGGACUUUGCCCAGAAUCCUGGUUCGCUAUUCUUGGCCUUGUCCAGGUAUAAAGUCAAAGAUACUUAUGCUACAAGCCAGAUGUUGGAUUUUGCAAUGGGCCAUGUCGUGGGUAAAGGAUUCUCGUUGCAUGAGUUGAAGAACCUGAUGGUCGCCACUGAAUCCAGGCCACGCCUGGACCUUUUCUCGAAAGCGAGGCUCCAUUUUGCUCAAACCGGACUCGAAAGGACUGCGAUCAGCACAAUUUAUGCACAUGUUCUCAACCCAAUGAUAGCGUCUCGAAGCUACAUGUCGAUCGAGCCGAUCGAACUUUGGCUCGACAUUCGCGCGUUGAGAAGAGGUCUUGUUUACCCUGUCGAUCCCGACACAGACCCCACUGCUCUGUGUGUCCAGGAUUCUGGCAUGGUCCCUGUAUCCACUCGUAUCGCCAUCGUGAACCCUGAGACCUGCCAAUUAUGCCAUGUUGGUGAAUAUGGUGAGAUCUGGGUGCAAUCGGAAGCUUGUGCAAAGUCUUUCUACAUGUCUAAGCAAAUAUUCGAUGAGGAACGAUUCAACGGUCGCAUCAUGGGAGGCGACCCCAACCAGACAUAUGUCCGUACCGGCGAUCUGGGGUUUCUUCACAACGUUACAAGACCUAUUGGGCCCGGAAAUCAACCGGUAGAAAUGCAGAUUUUGUUUGUCUUGGGAAGUAUUGGGGAGACGUUCGAGGUUCAUGGUCUCAAUCACUUCCCCAUAGACAUUGAGAACAGCAUAGAAAAAUGUCACCGGAAUAUCACCCCUGGUGGUAGCGCGGUAUUUCAGGCCGGCGGAAUGGUCGUGGUGCUGGUGGAAGUCUUCCGAAAAGCCUACUUGGCUUCCAUUGUACCGGUCAUUGUCAAUGCCGUCCUCCACGAGCAUCAGAUAGUCGUCGACAUUGUCGCAUUCGUCGGCGAAGGCGACUUCCCCCGAAGCAGACUGUCGGAGAAACAACGAGGCAAGAUUCUGGCUUCAUGGGUGACGCGAAAAUUGCGAACUAUCGCCCAAUUUGGAAUCCGAGAUGCCGAUGGCCCCGAUGCCCAGGAUGCAGGCAUUCCUGGAGAACGCAAAAGGACCAGCCUGGUGGGGAAGAGUCUCGGUCAGCAAGACCAAACCAGAGCCUCUCUGGCCUCAGAAUCUCAACCCGGUGCACCAGCAGAUCAGACAUCCAGCCGAUCAAGCAUCGUUCCCGAACUACCUUUCAGUUUGCCACCAAAUCACUAUCAAAUCGACCCGACCGGGCUGUAUGAUAGCCCUUCCCCAUCGGGAGAUAACAAACCUGGCGUUUCCCUCAAUGAUCGGCCUUACACCCUUCCCGAGGGUGUCGUGGAGAUGCCCACCACCAAUUUUGAUGACACUGACGACAAAUCGAAUCCUUACCUCACCGACGAAAAGUUCUUUGACCCCAAUGCAGAUCCCGAACGUCUUUUUGGUGACUAUACUCCUCAAGCUUCGCAACUUGAUCUGGCGCCCGGCGGACCGCCUAGACUUUCUCUGGUCAAUCCAAGCGACUACUCGCCGAAUGGUAGCAAUGACAAUACUCCCACGUCUCACACAGCUAGAGCGACCCCGACUUCUGCGAUUCUCUUUGGUUCCAAUGCUGCGAACGAUGGAAACGACAGCCCAUACGAAGACCAGGGCAAUCCUUUCCGAAACUCCAUUCCUGCGUCGGUCCCGAGUUUUGAUUUUGUUACGUCGCUUUCCCCGAGGAAUACUGCUCGGGACCAAAUGACGGGUGCGGCUGCGACUUACAAUCAGGUCACGUCUCAAGCCACUGGUCGUGCUCUACUCCCCAGUCAGCAAGCACGGUACCCCAAUUACAACCAACCGGAGCCACCACGGACACGAAAUGUUAGCGAUAAUUCCUAUGAAGCCACGGACCUGCCUCAAGAAGCGUUGGCAUAUGCAUCGACCUUGGGCAGGAAGCUGUCGAAUGAAUCACAUGAUUUCCUUCAUCCUCAAGACCGGCAGAGUGUGGACUUGAGUAGUAUUUCUGGGAGUAUAAGCAGACGAUAUGAUGGAAGUGCUUAUGAUGAUUUUGACAGGUAG